AUGAACAGGGAAAAUUCAACUCAACAUCGCGAUAAUCAAACGAAACAACGGACUGACCACCGAAAUCGUCCCAACGUAGUCAUAAUGGGAGACUCCAUGAUCAAACACAUAGAGCCGGCAAAGCUCCGACAAGGGUUUAAGAGUGGAGUAACAUUCAGAACUUUUGCGGGAGCUAAAACAGAAGAUAUGAAGUACUACCUACAACCUACAUUAAAAGCUAAGCCUAGCCAUCUUAUUCUUCAUGUGGGAACUAACGACCUCUCUGGGAAAUCGCCUGAAGAGAUUGCUCAAAAUAUUUCAGAAUUGGGGAAAGCCGCGACUGAGCAAGUCCCUGGUCUCAAGCUCAGUAUAUCAGAAAUUAUAACGAGAUCCGACCGUGAAGACAAUGAUCAGAAG